AUGUGGGAGUCUGGUGGACAGUCCUCCUACUGUGAUCUGUUGAUGACUCUCAUAGGCCCCCCCGUCCUGGCCCACUCUUGGCUCCUGUCUCAGCUGUAUGCCCCUGUCCUGGCCCCUGCUCUGGGAGGAAGGUGUGGAGUGCUCCUAGGCCUGGUUAGUGUCAAUGAGGGAGUUCCACACCAUUAGAUUUACUGUCAACUGAACUAGAGGCCAGAGCUUGAUUGAGUUGCGUUGAACUCUUGCUGUAGUAGGCUAUUAAAACUUUAAACAGAAUGGCUGUCCUGACGUAUACAACUAGAAAUGUACAGAAAAUAUUGAAACCCCAGGAAAACCUACUGUACCAGAGGCUGACAGACAGGUAGACGCCACUCUGACAAAGAACUGAUUUACAGAUAGAAAUGCCUCACCCCAAAUAAGCGCUCCAACUCCCUCCAUUAAUGUGACAUAUUCAAAUGUUGCAAAUCUAGAAAAGUGACAAUACAAAAUGUUUUAAAAUAUGAAUGAACUACAACAUGAACAGCUUCUUUUCCUCCUGUCCUGCUGGCAAAAUAGGAGGGAACCAUGAACAGUCUGGUGGAAAGAGAGGACAACCAAUACAGUCCAAUACACCUCACUGGGCUCGGAAUAAGUUGCCUCCUCAGUCCCAAACACCGCCACGAUGGGCCUGGCCUGGAGAGCCCACAGCAGUACACCAAAUGGCUCCCCAGCCGCCACGAGGCCAGCCUGCUGCCCAUGAGAGAGGACCUGGCUCUCUGGCUCAACACGUUUCUGGGUAGGGUGACCUUCACAUGGUUAUUAUGUUGUUACAAAACACCUGCAACUAACUUGUAACCAUCUUGGGGUUUGGGGCUUUUAAAACACUUUUAACAAUAAUAAUAUGCCAUUUAGCAGACGCUUUUAUCCAAAGCAACUUACAGUCAUGCGUGCAUACAUUUUUGUGUAUGGGUGGUCCCGGGGAUCAAACCCACUACCUUGGCACAAGGAAGGUGUCUAGACUAUGACUAAGACAAUCUGAUACAUUGGGGUUUAGCUAGAUUCUUGUGUAACAGGCCUAUUUUUGCAGUUUCUGAACAUCAAUAAAAGGUGUCAUUUUUCAAAUGUCACCGAAGGACAUACUGGUUAUGCGAUGACAUUAAAUUGGAUCAUACUUUUUAUAUUGGAUAAUGGGGACCUAGCUAUUGGUUGGUGUUCUGAACUGGAAAGGCACACAUUAACUUAAAUCCUUGAAAUACCCCUGCAUGUCUGGUCACUGAAAGGAACCCUGUUAAGAUUCCAGGGGAACAAUAUUGUUGGAAGGAAGUCAGGGAGGGCCUGAACAUGUCACAGCCUGUGUGUGUCUGGAUCGGGGAGAUGACUAGACAAUAUCCGUCACUCACACAUAGGGCUCAAUUUGCAACAAUGCAAGCCACACAUAAGUAUUUUCUAGUUCUACAACCAGGAAGUUUGCAUGAGAAUGAUGUCGUUAAUAAUAAGAUCCAAUUAACAAGGCAAAAUGCUUCAGUUUAAAAUGGCAUAAUAAAAAUGCAAAUCCCAUUACUCCCGAGCAACACCCUCAUCAUUAGUCAUGAAUAAUGCCAGAACAAUAUAGUACAUCUGUGUCAUCGCAGUGAGUAGUAACCUCAGGACAAGAACACCUGUGUAAUGACAUAUAACGCCCUACAUAAUAAGUAUGUUAGCUACAGUGAGGGAAAAAAGUAUUUGAUCCCCUGCUGAUUUUGUAUGUUUGCCCACUGACAAAGACAUGAUCAGUCUAUAAUUUUAAUGGUAGGUUUAUUUGAACAGUGAGAGACAGAAUAACAACAAAAACAUCCAGAAGAACGCAUGUCAAAAAUGUUAUAAAUUGAUUUGCAUUUUAAUGAGGGAAAUAAGUAUUUGACCCCUCUGCAAAACAUGACUUGGCAAAGUGGCAAAACCCUUGUUGGCAAUCACAGAGGUCAGACGUUUCUUGUAGUUGGCCACCAGGUUUGCACACAUCUCAGGAGGGAUUUUGUUCCACUCCUCUUUGCAGAUCUUCUCCAAGUCAUUAAGGUUUCGAGCCUGACGUUUGGCAACUCAAACCUUCAGCUCCCUCCACAGAUUUUCUAUGGAAUUAAGGUCUGGAGACUGGCUUGGCCACUCCAGGACCUUAAUGUGCUUCUUCUUGAGCCACUCCUUUGUUGCCUUGGCCGUGUGAUUUGGGUCAUUGUCAUGCUGGAAUACCCAUCCACGACCCAUUUUCAAUGCCCUGGCUGAGGGAAGGACGUUCUCACCCAAGAUUUAACGGUACACGGCCCUCCAUCGUCCCUUUGAUGCGGUGAAGUUGUCCUGUCACCCCCAAAGCAUAAUGUUUCCACCUCCAUGUUUGACGGUGGGGAUGGUGUUCUUGGGGUCAUAGGCAGCAUUCCUCCUCCUCCAAACACGGCGGGUUGAGUUGAUGCCAAAGAGCUCCAUUUUGGUCUCAUCUGACCACAACACUUUCACCCAGUUCUCCUCCUCAUUGGCAAACUUCAGACGGCCCUGUAUAUGUGCUUUCUUGAGCAGGGGGACCUUGCGGGCGCUGCAGGAUUUCAGUCCUUCACGGCGUAGUGUGUUACCAAUUGUUUUCUUGGUGACUAUGGUCCCAGCUGCCUUGAGAUCAUUGACAAGAUCCUCCCGUGUAGUUCUGGGCUGAUUCCUCACCGUUCUCAUGAUCAUUGCAACGCCACGAGGUGAGAUCUUGCAUGGAGCCCCAGGCCGAGGGAGAUUGACAGUUCUUUUGUGUUUCUUCCAUUUACGAAUAAUCGCACCAACUGUUGUCACCUUCUCACCAAGCUGCUUGGCGAUGGUCUUGUAGCCCAUUCCAGCCUUGUGUAGGUCUACAAUCUUGUCCCUGACAUCCAUGGAGAGCUUUUUGGUCUUGGCCAUGGUGGAGAGUUUGGAAUCUGAUUGAUUGCUUCUGUGGACAGGUGUCUUUUAUACAGGUAACAAGCUGAGAUUAGGAGCACUCCCUUUAAGAGUGUGCUCCUAAUCUCAGCUCGUUACCUGUAUAAAAGACACCUGGGAGCCAGAAAUCUUUCUGAUUGAGAGGGGGUCAAAUACUUAUUUCCCUCAUUAAAAUGCAAAUCAAUUUAUAAUAUUUCUGACAUGCUUUUUUCUGGAUUUUUUUGUUGUUAUUCUGUCUCUCACUGUUCAAAUAAACCUACCAUUAAAAUUAUAGACUGAUCAUUUCUCUGUCAGUGGGCAAACGUACAAAAUCAGCAGGGGAUCAAAUACUUUUUUCCCUCACUGUACUAUAUAGUCACUUAUCAUGUACAGCUGAUUUUUUUAGUAAUAGUGUAUAAGUAAAUAAAACAUUAUUAGAUGUAAAGCACACCAUGAUACAGUACCACUAUUUGAUGUCAUAUGGGCUCUCCUUUCUGUGGCCUGCUUAGCAUGGUGUUGGUGACUGACAUUUCUCGCCACAGACUCUGGGGUCACAGCUGACAGCCUGAUGGACAGGCUGGAUAAUGGAGUUCUGCUGUGCCAGCUGGCCCAGGAGCUACAGGAGAGGAUGAUCCAAGCCAGCAACGGCAAGGUAGGAUACAAACAUACAUGACCAUAGACACCAUACAUUACAUGAUCACAAUUAAGAAUAUCUGUCUUUCAUUAACUUACUUACGGCACACAAAUGGAUGUAUAUAUCAGUGGCUCAGUCUAAAGAUACGAUCUGCAAUUUUUAAAUUAUGUUGAAACCUAACCAUCACUUGAAAGUAGACAAUUUUUCACUGAGUCUCUGGUUUUGAAGUCACCAUCUAUGGUUCUCCUCACCCCUUCUCAGAGUGCUGCUGAUACUGACUGGGACCACCCAUAAGUAAAACUAUCAUAUUGUUCAACAACUGAUGAAACUAACACUGUAAACAAGUAAAAACAUGUGAUCAGUGUUAUUUCCUGAUAGUUGCUGGUUGAAAAUACAAUCUACACAGGACCUUCCAACCAGCAGGUUUUGCAUGGGUGGAGUUUUGGCUUGCCUGGUGACAUCACCAGGCAGUUAAUUAGUUAAAGGCGUGCAGUCAAAAAUUUGAUUUUCUUGUGUUUUAUAUAUAUUUCCACACUAUGAGGUUGGAAUAAUACUGUGAAAUUAUGAAAAUGAUGAUAAUGCCCUUUUAGUGUAAGAGCUGUUUGAAAAGACCGCCUGAAAUUACAGCCUGUUUUGGUGGGAUCGAGUUUUGGCCUGCCUGGUAUCAUCACCAGGCGGUACAUUAGUUAAUAGAGCAAUAUCAAAGAGAGUUCCAAACCUCUCUGGCAAUAACAGCUAGUUUUCAGUUUUCCCCUCCCCAUUCAAACCACUCCCAAACAGUCCUAGCAAAAUUCUUGCUUGAGAAAUCGUUUUUUUGCUAAAAGCAAUUUCUGUUUCUUUUGGAUUUUUUUAAAUGGAAAACUAUUACAGUAAGGUACUUAAUUGUUACCCAGAAAUGAAUUGAUAUUGAUAUUUUCCCCAGCCCUUCAUCCGCAGGGUGAUUCAUUGGCGAGCUGAUGCUACUUCUGGCUCUUUCUUUGCCCGGGACAACACUGCCAACUUCCUCUACUGGUGUCGGAAGAUUGGUGUGGAUGAGACCUACCUGUUUGAGUCUGAAGGUUUGGGUGAGUGCCUACUUGUUUGUCCUCCGUCUUGCACUGACAGGACACAAAUCUGUCCUUAAACAACCAAUGUCCAUCAAGUUGUCUAUCUGUUUGAGAGAGAAUCUGUCAAAGUGUUGAUCUGUAAAUCUCUGAGUCAACGAGAUGAACUCAUGAACACUGAAAUGGUGUGGCUAAUUGGCAACAGACCCUACAGUUAGUUCAUUAACACAAUUCUGCCAAUUCUAAUCUGUUAUAAAUUUGUGCUCUGGAUGUGCGACGUCCAGAGACUUACCAGAGAUGUCUGCUUUUAAAACUUUCCCAUCUCUACUCUCAUCCAUACCUACUCUAUCAUACCCUCUCAUGAGACCAUGGGAGGCCUCUGGCAGUAGUCUCUGGAAUAGUUUAUUUCUUGUGCCUGUUCUGGAUUAGUAGCCUGUGCCCUGUAGAAAGACUGCGUUGUUGCCCAUUCGGUCCUCUUCUCUGUCCUCUAGAAGCAUGGCCCCACUGGGAAAACACUCCAGUGUCACCUGUCUUUGUCCACUGACUUCCUGGCUUUGAUCUGUGACUGUCACUAUGAGAACGCCAGUCAUGCUUCCUCACUAGCUGUAGAGGAUUUAGCGAGUGGGUGAGAUGGUUUAAAGGGAAUGAAAGAGACAGAGAUGUUCAGGUGGAUCAGUGGAGAUGGAAAGCAGGUCAGCUCAAAGUGCUAGCUGACUCUGUACCUUGAAUAGAGGGAUGAUACGCUGCUGCUACUCUCUGUUAAUUAUCUAUGCAUAGUCACUUUACCUCGACCUACAUGUACAUAUUACCUCAAUUACCUCGACUAACCUGUGCCCCUGCACAUUGACUCUGUACCGGUACCCCCUAUAUAUAGCCUUGUUACUGUUAUUUUAUUGUUGCUCUUUAAGUAUUUGCUAUUGUUCUAAUUUGUUAUUUUUUUCAUAUUUUUUUUAUUUAUUUACUGUUUAUUUAGUAAAUACUUUCUUAACACUUAUUUUUUCUGAACUGCAUUGUUGGUUAAGGGCUUGUAAGUAAGCAUUUCACUGUAAGGUCUACACCUGUUGUAUUCGCCGCAUGUGACAAAUAAAAUUGGAUUUGAUUUUAUAUAUCUUCUUAUGUGACUUGGAUUCCUCUUGUCUUUGGAUCAUGUUUCCCUCAUUCACCUCUGUUUCUGUUCGAUGUCUUCAGUACCUGAGGAACAUGGGAGACCUUGCAGUUACAGUGGCUUGCGAAAGUAUUCACCUAUUUUGUUGCCUUACAACCUGGAAUUAAAAUUGAUUCUUUGGGGGUUUGUAUAAUUUGAUUUACACAACAUGCCUACCACUUUGAAGAUGCAAAAUAAUUUUUCUUGUGAAACAAACAACAAAUAAGACAAUAAAACUGAAAACUUGAGCGUGCAUAACUAUUCACCCCCUCAAAGUCAAUACUUUGUAGAGCCACCUUUUGUAGCAAUUACAGCUGCAAGUCUCUUGGGGUAUGUCUCUAUAAGCUUGACACAUCUAGCCACUGGGAUUUUUUUCCCAUUCUUCAAGGCAAAACUGCUCCAGCUCCUUCAAGUUGGAAGGGUUCCACUGGUGUACAGCAAUCUUUAAGUCAUACUACAGAUUCUCAAUUGGAUUGCGGUCUGGGCUUUGACUAGGCCAUUCCAAUACAUUUAAAUGUUUCCCCUUAAACCACUCGAGUGUUGCUUUAGCAGUAUGCUUAGGGUCAUUGUCCUGCUGGAAGGUGAACCUCCGUCCCAGUCUCAAAUCUCUGGAAGACUGAAACAGGUUUCCCUCAAUACUUUCCCUGUAUUUAGCGCCAUCCAUCAUUCCUUCAAUUCUGACCAGUUUCCCAGUCCCUGCCGAUGAAAAACAUCCCCACAGCAUGAUGGUGUUCUCGGGGUGCUGAGAGGUGUUGGGUUUGCGCCAGACAUAGCGUUUUCCUUGAUGGCCAAAAAGCUCAAUUUUAGUCUCUCUGCCUUCUUCCAUAUGUUUGGGGAGUCUCCCACAUGCCUUUUGGCGAAUACCAAACGUGUUUGCUUCUUUUUUUCUUUAAGCAAUGGCUUUUUCUGGCCACUCUUCCGUAAAGCCCAGCUCUGUGGAGUGUACGGCUUAAAGUGGUCCUAUGGACAGAUACUACAUUCUCCGCUGUGGAGCUUUGCAGCUCCUUCAGGGUUAUCUUUGGUCUCUUUGUUGCCUCUCUGAUUAAUGCCCUCCUUGCCUGGUCCAUGAGUUUUGGUGGGCGGCCCUCUCUUGGCAUGUUGUGGUGCCAUAUUAUUUCCAUUUUUUAAUAAUGGAUUUAAUGUUGCUCUGUGGGAUGUUCAAAGUUUCAGAUAUUUUUUUAUAACCCUAACAACUUUGUCCCUGACCUGUUUGGAGAGCUCCUUGGUCUUCAUGGUGCCGCUUGCUUGGUGGUGCCCCUUGCUUAGUGGUGUUGCAGACUCUGGGGCCUUUCAGAACAGGUGUAUAUAUACUGAGAUCAUGUGACAGAUCAUGUGACACUUAGAUUGCACACUGGUGGACUUUAUUUAACUAAUUAUGUGACUUCUGGAGGUAAUUGGUUGCACCAGAUCUUAUUUAGGGGCUUCAUAGCAAAGGGGGUGAAUACAUAUGCAUGCACAACUUUUCUGUUAUUUAUUUUGUAUGUCCAUUACAUGAAAUCCAAAUGAAAAUCCAUUUAAAUUACAGGUUGUAACGCAAAAACGCCAACGGGGAUGAAUACUUUUGCAAGUCACUGUAUAGCAUGUUGACCUCAUUUUGUGAUAUUAACUGUGUGUGUGCAGUAUACAUAUUCCACCUGGGCAUGUUCCUGCAUGGGCAUGCGUGAGACAUGUGUAGGUUUAACUUCCAUACGCAGCAGUUUGCCCCCUAGGCUGACUAAACUGUAUGUUUGACACAGGAAUUUUAAAGUCAUUCAUACUGUAUAUUUUCAUACGUACAUAAUUGCUUAUAUUUUUGUACUUCAAUGUACAACUACAUGUAAGUAAGUGUAUACUGUGUAUUUAUGGCAUUAUGUCUACUCUACUCUAUUCCUGCUUUCUCUCCUCCCUUUUCCCUGAUGGAUUUACAGAACAGAGGAAUGACAAGGAAAUUCAUUGACAAUUUCAAAGAUCAAAGGUUACCUAUGGACACAUUUGUACCAUAAUACCAUAACCUUUCCCCGUUUUUUUGUGUUUUUGUGGUGCUUCCUUUUCAUGUUAAGCUACUGAGAGAAGUUAAUUUCACUACAUGGUAUAUCUAUGAUUCCUUUCCCUCCAAAGCUAAACUACAUCUUCUGUCCCUGUGAAUUGAAAUGCCAUGUUAAGAACAAGAUAUGAUUUUGUUUUGAUAAGUCUUUUAAUCACUUUCGAGAUCCUAACUUUGAAGACUACUGAUGAUUACAGGCAUUGAGCGUGCUGUGUUCAGCCUGCAUGCCCACGUUUUCUUUACACACGUGUCUGGCGGCUGCAGGGAUUUGAGUUCAGCUUCAAAGAUAGCUGGGCGCUGGAGAAAGGCAGAACCUCUCCUGAGUCCUGACUGACAUUCACACAUAUUCAAAAUUCUGCUCUUGUUUUCAUUUUCCACAAAGAUAAUGUCCUGUUUUAUCUUUGCAUGCAUCUCUUUUGGCAGCUGAAUGACACUCAUUGUUAAUGGGUAGCAUGUGUGUGGUGUUUGUGGAUCUUGAAAUGUGAACACAUUGGUUUAAUCUUUAUUCAAUUUUGUCUGUGUGCUUCCUCAUAUUCAAAUGGCUUGGUGCAGGACGAAGGUUGUUUUUGUGUGUCCUGACAUCCUGACAGUCUUUAUGGUUUGUCAAGUGCGUUCAUAUAAACACACAUUUAACUGCUGUUCAUGUCAUCAGGCUUUAUACAUUAAUAUGACAGUAUUUGUUCAGCCAUUACAUAUGUUCUGUGUGUGUGCUUUAUGGGCAGUGCUCCACAAACAGCCUCGGGAGGUGUGUCUCUGUCUUAUGGAGCUGGGAAGGAUUGUAGCCAGGUGAGUUGUCAUGACCCUGUGUACAUCAUUCACUCACAAAUAUUAGACUUGCACAACAAAAAAUGUAAGUGCCUUUGAACGGGGUAUGGUAGUAGGUGCCAGGUGCACUGGUUUGUGUCAAGAACUGCAACGCCGCUGGGUUUUUCAUGCCCAACAGUUUCCCGUGUGUAUCAAGAAUGGUCCACAAUACAAAGGACAUCCAGCCAACUUGACAUAACUGUGGGAAGCAUUAGAGUCAACAUGGGCCAGCAUCUCUGUGGAACGAUUUCGACACCUUGUAGAGUCCAUGCCCUGACGAAUUGAGGCUGUUCAGUGUAUUGAGCUGAAUUGGAGUAUUGACACUGACUUGGUUAUUGUGUCUGUGUAUUUUCCCCAGCCCUUCGUUCAUGUCCUCAGGCUUUCUACAUAAAGAUAAUACAUUAAUAUGACACAACUGUACUUUCCCCAGUUCAUGGAAUCUUUCUUUACCAACUGUCUAACAGUCGUGGUGUCACACUGACUCGCUCUCGCUCUCAGGUAUGGUGUGGAGCCCCCAGGGUUGGUGAAGCUGGAGAGGGAGAUAGAGAGGGAGAUAGAGAGGGAGGAGGCAGGGUCUCUAUCCCAAUCAUCACCUCUGGCCUUCCCCUUCCCCUCACCCACAAGUCUUCCCUUAAUCUUACCGCUGCUCCGUGCUCCUACCCCCCCCUGCACCCCCUACCCCCCCUACCCCCCCUACCCCCCUGCACCCCCUACCCCCCCUGCACCCCCUGCUUCUGUAACCCCACCACCCAGUCCAAGCCCAAUAGACCCUACUCCUCCAACUUCCAUCUCAUCCUCAUCAACCACCACUAUCAUGUCUUCCACUCAAACCUCAUCUGUUACCACUGUCACAACCUCCAACUCAGACCCCUCCCACAACACCAACCACAGAUCCUAUCUCAGCCCUGAGCCUUACAGAAACCCCUGUCUCCCCCUCUCCACCACCUCCUUCACAUCCUCCAUCACUGCCGUCAUCUCCAUCCCAACCCUCACCCUCUCCCUCACCUAAGCCCAUGGCGCGUCAUCCAAGCAAAUCAUCUGCUAAGAAGAUGCCAAGCACAUGCAACUUGUUGGAUGACAUUGUAAGUACCUCUCAAAUAGGCCUAAAAUAACCAUGAAUUACCCUUCAAUGUAAUGAGAAAUGCAGUAGGUAAUCAGUGUCAUCUUGCCCCACUGACUGUACCGUAGGAAAGAUCUUAAGUAUUGACCUAGUCUAGCACACCAGACUUCCUCCCCAAGUGUUUAUCAAACAUUCUUAGCGUUGAUAAUGCUGGUAGGUAAAGCCUACGGGUCUUUGCUUGCUUUAUCUGAGAGAUGUUUUGUGUUCCAGGUGAGGAACAUCAUCGAAGACCCGCCAUGCAGCUGCCCCACCAAGUUCCCUGUGGAGAAGCAUCCUAAAGGCCGCUACCGUGUCGGGGAGAAGGUCCUCUACAUACGGGUAUGUCUACACCCCUUCCUUCACCCUAAUUGUCGGGGUUAAUAAACCAUGGAAGUAGAUUAUAUUUAUAUUUUGCUAUACAGCAGUGAGUGACAACAUAAUGUAUAGGACACAUACUGUACGGACAUAAAACAUUAAUUUAAACCAACAACCACAUAAGGAAAUGUAAGGAAUUUAAUUAGUUGGUAUUGACUUACUACCAACAUAUUACAUUCUUUACAUUUCCUUAUGUGGUUGUUUUUUAAUCAAGUGAUAUUUAAGAAUGUUGAUUGACAUAUAUUCAGAAUAUUGAGCAAUGAGGGCAUGUUUGCUACACUAAGCUGCAAUAAGUGGGGUUCUGUAGAGAAGGACUUGUUCCAGGCAAAGUCGCAUGGGAUACAGGGUUGCUUGGCAACGGUAGACUGAGUUCACACCUUCUAAUGGGAAAAAAGUCUUAUUAAAACAUGCCCAGGUUUGUAUUACCUGAUAUGUCAUAAUAUGUAUUGAAUGUGUCUUACAAAUAUGUUAUUCUAUAUUAUUUUGUUAAACAAAAAGUGAAACCUUAGCUAUAAUGUCAAAUUAAAAUGUAUACUUGAUUGAGUGAAAUGUGUAUUUUGCCUUUAGUUGCUCCAUGUCUAAUAUAUUCUGAAAUGGACUAUUCAAUUCCACAGAAAAUGUACUAACAAUUGGAUGGGGUCGCACUCUAUGGGCUUAAUGAACCAGAAAUGUAUCAAUUGCUUCCUCAGUGGAAGCUUUCCCUAUAUGGCCUUGACUGACACUGUAGCAUCGUCUGUCUUCUGUCCACACUGAGCAGACAGACCAAGCCGUAUGUUGUUUCUCAUCUUUUGGGGACAAUUGGUCACCAACAGCAGACCGUUUGAAUGCUCAGUCAAUCUUAUUGAAAUCCAUUGGCUUAGAAUAUGUUACUCAAUAACAGUAUGUGAUUUAGCUGUCUUUGUCAAUAAGCUGACACGCUGAGUUACAACUCCAUUCCUAUUUUUCUUCCCUGAGCAACAGACACGUUAUUUUUACUGCCCAUUUAGAUAUAAUGGCUGCCUUAGACUCACUGAACACCUGUUUCUCAGAAUAGUCAAAUGUCUAACAUGGGAAAACAUGCUCUUACACCACAUCAAAGAAAAUGGAGGUCAUAAAAAUGGAUAGCCAAGGGAGGUUGUUGGUUUAUGGCCAAGUUCAGUGAGGCUGUAUGUUUAGGAUGAACAUUUACAAAAUGGAGAAAUAUGCGUACCCUGAAGGUUUCAUGGUCAGGGUAUUGUAGUUUUCCUUUCUUUCAUCCUUCAGUGUUUCUCGGCAACCAAGGUCAUAUGACUGGGGUUUGGUUGCAUGUGAACUGCUUGUCUGUUGAAGCUCUGUAUUUUUCCUGAUAUUCCGGAUGCCCUCCCCUAAACACACUUUGGCAUAUUUUAGUCUUCUGGGGUUUCCUGAGCAUAACUGCUAAUUACAGAUGUAAUUAAUUACAGCAACAUGGACUACAUUACCCUUUUCCAGGCUACGUUACCUUUUUCACUUUAGAUUGUCUGUGUGCCCAACAUCUCCAUUCUAACUGUUAUUACUGUGCAGCAGAGGUAUUCAACAGGGGUCCGCGGCCCAUGUACUGCAGGGGGUCUGCAAAAAGAUACAUAAAAAUACAAUAAAAAAGUGAUUAUUCAUUUAUUUUAUUAUUUCAAUGUUUUUACGAAUAUCGCUAGCAACAACAGAAUAAAUGCAUUGUGAAAAAAAGAACAAAUAUAUACAUUUUAUUGUCAUCCACACCAGAAAAGAGGAUAUCUUAUUUUCUUUCUAAUGUCAACUAACGUAUGAUGGGGGUCCCUGGGUCGCUGGUUGCCUAGGAGGGGAUCCCUGGGCAAGAAAAGGUUGAAGACCGCUGCUGGUACAGCACUACCUGCAGGAUACACAGUCCUUUCUCUCAAUCACUAAAAAACACGCUUCUCUUCUCUGUAUGAAUAGAGCACUACAGUCCAUUCCACUCCUCUGUAAAGAUGUUACCCGUGUGUAUGUGUGGAGUGAUGCCCAUUAAUGGCCAUUAACCAGGCACUGAUAACCCCUGUCUGUCUGUCUGUCUGUCUGGCUGUAUGAGUCCUGUGAUGUUUGCUUGGCUUUUUAAAGAGCAGAAUCUAUUGAUUACUAAGACCAAGUCAUUAGUGGUGUGAUUUAAUCAGACAGCUCAUUGAAGCCUGGCCUGGUAUGACACCCCCUCUCUCCACUGGAGAUGUUUCAAUCAUGCUAGCCCUGCAGGGCUCCAUGCAGAAUUCUCAGCUGUUGAAGAAAGGAAGGCUUUUCUUCUCCGAGCCCAAUUAAGCACCAGGCUUUAUAGCAGGGAUGGUAACUGUCUGUCUGGCACUGAAGAGAAGGGAGAAAUUAAAACCUCUCGCAAUAUCAUCUCACUUCCAUGACUUCCUAUUUCCAUCAGAACACAUAGGAGCUUUGUUUGGUUUGCUUUAUAUUUUACCAGUGGUCUGACAGCUAUAAAAAGAAGACAUAUCUCCAUUAAGCAAUCAUUGAAGUUCUAUGGGAUUACCUAAAAGGAAAAAGUUGUUUCAUUUAAGAAUAGGUAGGAGACAGUGGUUAGGUUAUAUUGAAGUCCCUGCCCUUUUUGCAUGUGACAAGAUCCUCCCAUAGAGUGAGAUACAUGUGAAUUGUCUAUUUUUGUAGAAUACAUGAUCCAAGUCAUGAUACCCACGAAAUAAGAUGAUACAAUACAAUUACUCCAUCUCUCAUGUAAUGACCAAUGCAAUCACAAUAUAUUUCCUCAGAAGGGAAUGGCUAAAGCCUGGCCCCUAGUGGAUGAUGGGUGAAGGCCCCUUCCUUCCAUUAGCAUUCUCAUGAAUCUUUCAACAAUAAACGAGAGGAAAGAGAAUCAAUAGAGCUGCCAGGGAAGGAGGACACAGGGGAAUCCAGCAGUCAGCUUAUGGGCUGUAGUCAAGGCACAUGUGUGGGGGGCAGUGGCUGUUAGAAUGAAUGUGAUUAUAUAGAGAGAGAAGAAAAUGUCUGCCGCAGGGGGUUGUGUGCAGAAUUGCUGAGAAAGUCUACUUGCAUAAUUUUACUAUGUGAAUAUUUAGUUUUGAGAGUUAUAGCAGUCAUAACGUAUUUUGACUAGUGUUCUGAGUUGACUAGUGUUCUGUUACAUCUGCAAAUAUAUUUUCCUCAUAAAGCUCUUGAAAUGUGGUGCUUUCGAGAGACUAUUGAAAAGACAAAUCCUUAUAGCCUACAGUAUUUUAUCCCACAUUUGUAUGGACAGCUCUAACCUAAGGUUGAUGAAUGGGAAAAAACCUAAAUAGGUGUUUCCCUCCACUGCUCCCCCUCCCACUCCCUCUCUCUUACCCUUGUGUUUGUGUGUUAUGUCAAACUUGACCCCGCUGUCAGCGAUAACAUUUUAAUCUGCCGGUGGACAGCUGAGGCAGAUCACGUCUCAGGGGCUCCUUAGGUUGGUAAAUGGGAUUACCAGGCAUUGUCUGUGUGCACGUGUGUGCUUGUGUGUGUGUGUAUUCACUUACACCCCAUCCACCAUCCAUCUCACCAUUAGUAUGCAUAGUGGAGGACAGGAGGCGUAUAGCAGGAGUGUAAAUCUGCUUGUAUUAUCACAUUCUUAAUGGCUCCAUAAUGAAGGGGUUAUGGGCGAUAAGGAAGGAGGGGGUGGGCCGGUGUUGACAGAGGGACGGAUGGCCAGGCAAGGCCUCUUGGGAUUCUAGAUGUCUGUGUGGAGCUACAGCUUUGUACAGAGACAGCAGGCUCUAUUUUGCUGCUUUCAUUUUCUUACAAUCCGACUGUAUUAUUUGAGAGCUGUUGCCAUGGCAGCGUCAGGUUUGCACCAGACCAGCGGGUGAUGUGUAGAGGAAGGUGUCUAUGCUGUAGUUGUCAGAGGGCUUGAUUUUAAAGAGUGCUGAUCUCUCAGAGUGUUUGCCUGCUAUCACGGGUAUUCUAAGUGGAACACUGUACAUGGGGACUUCACACCAACGUACCAUUUACAAAUGCUGUGUCCUCUGAGUGCGUGUCUGCGUGCCUGCGUACCCGUGCGUGCAUGUGUCUGUGGAUUAGUCCACUGCAUGUGCUCAGCUGGCGUCAUGAGGCAGUGUUUCAUUUGGCUUAAUGAGAUUUUGACAAAGCUGUCUCUUUCUAUGGCUCAGAGAUCAUUUGACUUUCAUGAGGGCUGUUGCACAGGCAGAAGGAACUGGUAAAUAUUUGAUUAGAAAGGUAUCUUCUCUUGGCUCAAAGAGCAGUUUCAGUCUGGGGAGGGGAUCAUAACAUUUUCCAAGGUUACUAUGCCUUGGCCUACUUGAAAUCAGACACAGGUGAAGGAGGAUUCAAAACCAAGCUAUGUACUGAGCAACAAACAAGUACUUUUGUUGUGAUAUGGUUGAAUUGGUUAAGUUGCUCAAAUGUCUCUGUCUCUGACUAUCCCCUCAAUCUUGUUCUUCCUGCAGAUGCUGAAUGAGCGUCAUGUGAUGGUGCGCAUCGGGGGCGGCUGGGAGACCUUGGGAUGUUACCUGCUGAAGCAUGACCCCUGCCGGAGUCCACCGGUGACCCCGGUCAGGACCUGUCGGGGCAAAGGCAAGUCCCCCAACAUGAAGGACCUCUCACCACUGUCACCAGACAGCUACAUGGUGGUGGGUGCACACUACCGUGCCAAGAAAUAA